UUUUAUUUGGAGUGGAAAAAAUAGAAGAGAAAGAAAGGCGAUAGAUAUAGAGCGAGGAACGAGGCGCGGAGAGGCCGUCUCAUAAAACCAGCGCAAGAAAAAAAAAAAAAAGAAGAAGAAAGAGCUUCUCGUUCUUUGUUUAAUUUAAUUUAAUUUAAUCAUAUUGUUAUAUACACAUAAAAUAUUUAUAUAGAUAUAUAUUGUUUUUUUUUUUUUAUUUUCAACCGAAGUCCGCGUUGCCGUUUCAUUUGUUUUCCUUAGUUUUAGGGCUCACAGAACAUUUUCCCGGAAAAUAGAGGAAAGCGUAAACGAUAUUCCAAAAGCAAAAAAUAUAGGAAGAUUGCGAAGAGGAGCACAGAUCACAAUCGCAAACGGAAAGAAAUAGAGGAUAAUAUAUAUUUAUAUAUAUUUAAAAUAAAAUAAAGAAUCGAUUUGGUGUUAGAUCUUUCUGAUCGUAAGCGGCGGAAGAGUACUUUGAUCGGUACUUUGCCUGUGACAUUUCUAGCUGCAUUUCCUCUGAAUUUAUUGGGAAAUUUAUUUAUUUUCUUUCGGGAAUUGGUUUUGGAUUUUCUCUUUUCUAUUUUGGGAGGUGGAAGGUGAAAUUGUGGAGACAAAGAUUUGUUGAGGUGGUGUAUACGUGAUGCGAUCCUUCUAGAUUAGUUCUAGAAGGCUCGGAUCUGGUUUUUGGGGGCAAUUGCUGGAGUCGGAUGAGAGAAGAGUAGUCUGUUCGAGGGAUCGAGAGGGAGAACGAUGAAAUGGGUAACAUUGCUCAAGGACAUUAGAGAGAAGGUUGGUCUUACUCAGUCUCCAUCGCCGUCGCCGUCUUCGUCUUCUGCCACUAAUUCUUAUUCUUCGCCGGCUUCGUCUUCUUCAGUUCGUGAUAGCAAUGCUCCUUCAGCUAGUCAAGGCUCCUUAUCUUCUCCCGAAAGAGACAAACAUGAACUGGAGUUGGAUUUCAAGAGAUUUUGGGAAGAGUUUCGGUCAUCCAGCUCUGAAAAGGAGAAAGAAGCGGCCUUGAAUUUAACAGUUGAUGCUUUUUGUAGAUUAGUGAAGCAGCAUGCUGAUGUAGCUCAAUUAGUGACCAUGUUAGUUGAAACACAUAUAUUUUCAUUUGUUGUCGGAAGAGCAUUUGUAACAGAUAUCGAAAAGUUAAAAAUUGGCAGCAAAACAAGAUCUUUGGAUGUAGCAAAAGUGCUAAAGUUCUUUUCAGAAGUCAAGGAUAAUAUUAGCCCUGGAUCAAAUUUAUUGAGGGCGGUAGAAGUUCUAGUAUCUGGGCCUAUUGAUAAACAAUCUCUCCUUGAUUCGGGAAUAUUCUGCUGUCUCAUUCACAUUCUCUAUGCUCUUUUGGAUCCUGAUGAAGCAAAUAGAAGACAAAAGGCUACUGAUUGUGAAGUACCAGUGCUAGCUGAAAAAGAUAGCGGUGUUGCUGAUGUUCGUCGACUUGAGGUAGAGGGAAGUAUUGUGCACAUAAUGAAAGCACUAGCAAGCCAUCCUUCCGCUGGACAAAGUUUGAUUGAAGACGAUUCACUUCAGUUGCUCUUCCAGAUGGUUGCAAAUGGUUCUUUGACAAUCUUUUCUCGAUACAAGGAAGGCCUUGUUCUUUUGCACAGCAUACAACUUCAUAGGCAUGCUAUGCAGAUACUUGGUCUUCUUUUGGUGAGUGAUAAUGGAAGCACUGCAAAAUACAUUCGCAAACAUCAUCUGAUAAAAGUUCUUUUAAUGGCCGUUAAAGACUUCAAUCCUGAUUGUGGUGAUUCUGCCUACACUAUGGGGAUCGUUGACUUGUUACUGGAAUGUGUUGAAUUGUCAUACAGGCCUGAGGCUGGUGGUGUCAGGCUUAGGGAGGAUAUACACAAUGCUCAUGGUUACCAGUUUCUUGUUCAAUUUGCACUGACACUUACAUCCAUGAGAAAGAGUCAUGGUUUUCAGUCAUCUCGCUCUGAAUCUUCUUCAAAUCAUAAUUUUGAUUCAGAUGGUUCCCAUGCACUCAUUGAUUUAGACACUAAGAAGUUCAUUGAAAAUGAUGAAUCUCUUGAAUACCAGCUUUCACCUGUGCUGUCUAGAUUGCUUGAUGUUCUUGUUAAUCUAGCUCAGACUGGCCCAUCCGAAACUUCAGGACCUUCGGGAGGAAAGGGCUCAAAAUCUUCUCAUUCGAGGGCCAGUGGCAAUAGCAGAAGCCAUUCAUCGUCUUCUGAACGGUUUGCUGAAGAUGUUUGGGAGAAGGGAAAUACUAAAGUUAAAGACCUUGAAGCAAUUCAGAUGUUGCAGGACAUUUUCCUGAAGGCUGGUAGUAGGGAAUUGCAAGCAGAGGUUCUAAACAGAAUGUUCAAGAUCUUCUCAAGUCAUCUUGAUAACUAUAAGUUAUGCCAACAAUUAAGAACUGUUCCACUUUUAAUCUUAAAUAUGGACGGUUUCCCUCCAUCUUUGCAAGAGAUAAUAUUAAAAAUUCUUGAAUAUGCUGUGACUGUUGUAAACUGUGUUCCUGAGCAAGAAUUACUUUCACUUUGCUGCUUGUUGCAGCAGCCAAUAACAUCCGAAUUAAAGCACACGAUACUCUCCUUUUUUGUUAAACUCCUGUCCUUUGACCAGCAGUACAGGAAAGUCCUGCGUGAAGUUGGUGUCCUUGAAGUUUUGCUAGAUGACCUGAAGCAUAACAAGUUUCUUUUGGGCUCAGAUUCAAACAGUGGAAAUACUAGUCAGUCGGAGAAAAAAUCUAGCUCAAGCAGCUUUAAAAAACAUUUAGACAGUAAAAACGUAAUUAUUUCAUCACCCAAACUGCUGGAUUCUGGCUCCGGGAAGUUUCCUAUAUUUGAAAUUGAGAAUACAAUUGCUGUUGCAUGGGACUGCAUGGUCUCUUUGUUAAAGAAAACUGAUUCCAGUCAGUCAGCUUUUCGCUCGGCUAAUGGCAUUUCAGUUGUUCUCCCUUUUCUUGUGUCUGAUGUACAUCGCCCUGGAGUACUAAGAGUAUUGUCCUGUCUGAUAAUUGAAGAUGUUAAACAGGCGCAUUCGGAAGAAUUAGGUUCUGUUGUUGAAAUUCUGAAAAGUGGAAUGGUCAGCAGUGUUUCUGGAUCUCAAUAUAGGCUUGAAAAUGAAGCAAAAUGUGAUACAAUGGGUACCCUGUGGCGUAUUUUGACUGUUAACAACUCUGCUCAGAGAGUUUUUGGUGAUGCCACUGGGUUUUCUCUUCUGCUUACCACACUCCAUAGUUUCCAAAGUGACGGGGAACCUUCAGAUCAAUCUCCUUUGGAGGUUUACACUAAGGUUUUUACAUAUUUGUUGCGUGUUAUAACUGCUGCAGUGUGUGAUAAUGCUAUUAAUAGGACAAAACUGCAUACAAUAGUAUCAUCUCAGACUUUUUAUGAUCUUCUCUCUGAGUCUGGCUUAUUAUGCGUGGAGUGUGAAAAGCAGAUUAUACAGUUGUUGUUUGAAUUAGCUCUUGAAAUUGUGCUCCCACCGUUCCUAACUACAGAAAGUAGCACAUCAUCUAAUGUGAAUGGGAAUGAAUCACAAGGGUUUAUUUUAGUUACCAACUCAGGAUCAUUUCAUCCUGAUAAAGAACGAGUGUACAAUGCUGCUGCUGUUAGAGUUCUGAUCCGUUCAUUGCUGCUAUUUACUCCAAAGGUGCAAUUGGAAGUCUUAGGCCUUAUUGAAAAACUUGCUUGUGGUGGCCCCUUCAAUCAGGAAAAUCUGACCUCUGUAGGUUGUGUGGAACUUUUAUUGGAGAUCAUCCACCCUUUUCUUUUGGGUUCAUCUCCAUUACUUUCUCAUGCUUUGAAGAUUGUAGAAGUUCUUGGGGCUUAUAGGUUAUCUGCCUCUGAACUUCGAAUGCUUAUUAGAUAUGUGCUGAACAUGAGGUCGAUGAAUUCAGGCCAUGUACUUGUUGACAUGAUGCAAAGGUUGAUUCUUAAUGAGGAUAUGGUCUCAGAGGAUGUACCUCUGGCUCCAUUUAUAGAGAUGAACAUGAGAAAGAUUGGGCAUGCUUCCAUUCAGGUCUCUCUGGGAGAAAGAUCAUGGCCUCCAGCUGCUGGAUAUUCAUUUGUUUGUUGGUUUCAGUUUCGGAACUUCUUAAGGUCACAGGCAAAGGAAACAGAUCAUUCCAAAACUAAUGCUUCUAAGCGGCAGAACAACUCUAGUGGGAAAAACCAUGAUCAGAAUAUUCUUCGAAUAUUUUCUGUAGGUGCAGCAAAUAAUGAAAGCACAUUCUAUGCUGAACUUUAUCUCCAGGAGGAUGGUGUUCUUACUCUUGCAACCAGCAACUCUUGUUCCCUAUCGUUUUCAGGAUUAGAACUUGAGGAAGGCAGGUGGCAUCAUCUUGCAGUUGUUCACAGCAAACCAAAUGCUCUUGCUGGGCUGUUCCAAGCUAGCGUUGCUUAUAUGUACCUUAAUGGAAAACUGCGACAUACUGGGAAACUGGGAUAUUCUCCAUCUCCGGUUGGAAAACCUUUGCAGGUUACCAUUGGAACUCCAGUUACUUGUGCAAGAGUUAGUGGCUUGACCUGGAAAUUACGCUCCUGCUACCUUUUUGAGGAGGUUCUCACAUCUGGUUGUAUUUGCUUCAUGUACAUUCUUGGUAGAGGAUAUAGAGGGCUUUUUCAAGACACAGAUCUUCUUCGUUUUGUACCUAAUCAAGCAUGUGGUGGUGGUAGCAUGGCUAUCUUAGAUGCGUUAGAUGCCGACUCUACCUUGGCCUUAAAUACACAAAGGCUUGAUCCUCCAAGCAAACUGGGAGAGUCCAAGACCGAUGGAAGUGGGUUCGUUUGGGAUUUGGAGAGACUUGGAAAUCUCUCUUUACAGCUCUCUGGAAAAAAACUUAUAUUUGCAUUUGAUGGAACAUGUGCGGAGCCUAUUCGAGCAUCAGGGACUUUUUCCAUGCUCAAUUUAGUCGAUCCUAUGUCUGCUGCUGCAUCUCCUAUUGGAGGGAUACCACGAUUUGGACGCCUUCAUGGGGACAUUUAUAUUUGUAAGCAAUGUGUGAUUGGUGAUACUAUUCACCCUGUUGGUGGGAUGACUGUUGUCCUUGCACUAGUUGAAGCUGCUGAGACCAGGGAUAUGCUGCAUAUGGCCCUCACCUUGCUAGCCUGCGCUCUUCAUCAGAAUCCUCAAAAUAUUAGGGACAUGCAAACAUAUCGAGGAUACCAUCUGUUGGCCCUCUUUUUGCGUCGUAGAAUGUCACUGUUUGAUUUGCAAUCUCUUGAGAUCUUUUUCCAGAUUGCUGCAUGUGAGGCUUCAUUUUCUGAACCAAAGAAGUCUAGAUAUACUCAAAGUAAUUUGUCGCCUGCUAUGACCAUGCAUGAAACAAGUUUUGAGGAUCUUCAUUUGAAAUUCCGUGAUGAAAAUUCUUCAAUUGGAUCUCAGGGAGAUAUGGAUGAUUUUUCUGCACAAAAAGAUUCAUUUAGUAAUAUCUCUGAGCUAGAAAAUUCUGAUAUACCUGCUGAAACUUCCAAUUGCAUUGUGUUGUCAAAUGCAGACAUGGUUGAGCAUGUCCUGUUGGACUGGACAUUGUGGGUAACAGCAACACUGUCAAUCCAAAUUUCUCUCCUUGGCUUUCUUGAGCAUCUAGUGUCCAUGCAUUGGUAUCGAAAUCAUAACCUCACAAUUCUGCGUCGAAUAAACCUUGUUCAACACUUACUUGUAACCCUUCAGCGGGGUGAUGUUGAAGUUCCUGUUUUGGAAAAGCUGGUUGUACUGCUUGGUGUAAUUCUAGAAGAUGGGUUCCUCUCUUCUGAACUGGAGCAUGUAGUAAGGUUUGUUAUUAUGACAUUUGAUCCGCCUGAACUAACAUCUCGGCACCCGGUUUCUCGUGAGUCAAUGGGGAAGCAUGUAAUAGUCAGGAACAUGUUGCUAGAGAUGCUUAUAGAUCUUCAAGUAACCAUAAAAUCGGAUGAGUUGCUAGAACAGUGGCAUAAAAAUGUUUCUUCCAAGUUGAUAACUUAUUUUCUUGAUGAAGCUGUUCACCCUACCAGUAUGAGAUGGAUCAUGACGCUGCUUGGCAUCUGUCUUACAUCAUCUCCUACAUUUGCCCUAAAAUUUCGCAGUAGUGGAGGUUAUCAAGGUUUGGCUCGGGUGCUUAGAAGUUUCUAUGAUUCACCUGAUAUAUAUUAUAUUCUGUUCUGCUUGAUAUUUGGGAAGCCAGUGUAUCCUAGACUGCCGGAAGUCCGCAUGCUAGACUUUCAUGCUCUAAUGCCAAGUCAUGGAAGCAAUGUGGAACUAAAGUUUGUAGAACUGUUAGAAUCUGUGAUUACCAUGGCAAAAUCAACUUUUGAUAGGUUGUGCAUGCAAUCAGUGCUUGCACAUCAAACAGGCAAUCUUUCACAGGUAAGUGCUGGCCUCGUAGCAGAGCUUGUUGAGGAAAAUGCUGACAUGAUAGGAGAGCUUCAAGGUGAAGCAUUGAUGCACAAGACAUAUGCAGCACGCUUAAUGGGUGGGGAGGCAUCUGCCCCUGUUGCUGCAACAUCAGUUCUGAGAUUUAUGGUUGAUCUUGCAAAAAUGUGUCCCUCUUUUUCUGCUGUAUGCAGACGAGCAGAAUUUCUUGAAAGCUGCAUUGACCUUUAUUUUUCAUGUGUUAGAGCUGCCCAUGCGGUAAAGAUGGCAAAGGAACUUUCUUUGAGGGCAGAGGAGAAGAACAUGAAUGAUUCUGAUGAUACCAGCAGUUCACAUAAUACGUUUUCUAGCUUGCCUCAUGAACAAGAUCAAUCUGUGAAUAAUUCUAUCAGUGCCGGAAGCUUCCCUAAAGAGCAGAUAAGCUCAAGUUCUGAGGAUAUUCCUGUCACCCAAAACAUUGUCAUUGUUGAUAAAGAAGAGACCAAAGUUACGUCAUCCCUGCAGGAAUUAAACAAAGUGGUGCAGAGUGAUGCUCCAGCUGUUAUGAGCUUAGAUAUUGACGGUGUUGACCAGGUUUCUGCAAGCUCAAGUUCUAAUGAAUUCAGCUUCCGUAGUUUGAAAGGGACUCUAGAACCAAUACAGGCAACAGAUUCACAUAGUUCCAAUUCAUUUACUAUGCUCGAUUCUCCUAUUUUAUCAGAGAAGUCCAACUCUAUCCCACUCACACCCACAGCGUCUCCAGUUCUAGCAUUGACUUCUUGGUUGGGCAGUUCUGGCAAUAAUGAAUAUAAAACACCCUUGGUUACUGCUCCUGUGGAGUCUUCUUUGUCUACUGGUGAAGUUGAACCUUCUCUAGAAGUGAAAUCUAGUGUUCAAGGACCUUUAGCUGUAAAUGCUAUUUUUUCGGUUAGUCCAAAACUACUUCUAGAAAUUGAUGACUCUGGCUAUGGUGGUGGUCCUUGUUGUGCAGGAGCAACUGCUGUUCUGGAUUUUACAGCAGAAGUUCUUUCUGAUUUUAUCACUGAGCAAUUGAAAUCAUCACAGAUUGUAGAGAGCAUCUUAGAAAGUGUUCCACUGUAUGUUGAUGCUGAUGCAGUGUUAGUUUUUCAAGGCCUUUGUCUUGGUAGGUUGAUGAACUUUCUUGAAAGGCGUCUCCUGCGUGAUGAUGAGGAAAAUGAAAAGAAGCUAGACAAGAGUCGGUGGUCCUCUAACUUGGAUGCGUUAUGCUGGAUGAUAGUGGAUCGUGUAUAUAUGGGUGCUUUUCCCCAACCAGCUGGUGUGCUGAGAACUCUUGAAUUCCUGCUAUCCAUGUUACAAUUGGCAAACAAAGACGGCCGAGUUGAAGAAGCUGCUCCUACUGGAAAGAGUCUUUUAUCCAUCACACGGGGAAGCAGGCAACUUGAUACUUACAUUCAUUCAAUGUUGAAAAAUGCUAAUCGUAUGAUUUUGUAUUGUUUUCUCCCAUCGUUUUUGAUUGCAAUUGGUGAAGAAGAUCUCCUCUCAUGCCUAGGUUUGCUGAUUGAACCGAAGAAGAGAAUGUCCUCUAACUCUUCCCAAGAUGAUUCAGGACUUGAUAUCUGCACAGUCUUAGAGUUAUUGGUUGCCCAUAGGCAAAUUAUAUUUUGUCCUAGCAAUACUGACACCGAUCUUAAUUGCUGUCUCUGUGUGAAUUUAAUAUCUCUUUUGCGAGACCAGCGCCGGAUUGUACAGAACAUGGCAGUGGAUAUUGUGAAGCAUCUUCUAGUGCAUCGUAGGGCUGCCUUAGAAGACUUGCUUGUUUCUAAACCAAAUCAAGGACAGCAGCUGGAUUUACUACAUGGUGGCUUUGAUAAGUUAUUGAUUGGAAGUUUAUCCUCUUUUUUUGAUUGGUUUCAGAGUUGUGAACAAUCUGUUAAUAAAGUACUUGAGCAGUGUGCAGCCAUAAUGUGGGUUCAGUUUAUUGCUGGGUCUGCGAAAUUCCCGGGUGUGAGAAUUAAAGGUAUGGAGGGUCGUAGAAGAAGGGAAAUGGGAAGGAAAUCAAGGGAUACUUCGAAGUCAGAUGGAAAGCACUGGGAACAGGUGAAUGAGCGGAGAUAUGCGUUGGAAUUGGUACGUGAUGCAAUGUCCACUGAGCUUAGAGUUGUUCGUCAAGAUAAGUAUGGGUGGGUUUUGCAUGCUGAGAGUGAGUGGCAAAACCAUCUACAACAACUUGUACAUGAGCGAGGAAUAUUUCCAAUGCGUAAAUCCAUGGAGACUGAGGAUCCGGAAUGGCAGCUUUGUCAAAUUGAAGGUCCAUAUAGGAUGCGGAAAAAGCUCGAGCGCUGCAAGCUGAAAAUUGACUCUAUACAAAAUGUUCUUGAUGGACAAUUUGAAUUUGGAGAUGAAGAGCAGUCCAAAACAAAAGCCGAGAACGGUCCUAAUACUUCUGACACUGAUUCUGAAUCAUUUUUUCAUUUUUUCAGUGAUGCAACCAAGCAGAAUGAUCUUGGUGAUGAGCUGUAUGAUGAAUCAGUAUACAAAGAACCUGAUAAUGUCAGAGAUGCAUCAUCUGUUAAGAAUGGGUGGAAUGAUGAUAGAGCUAGUAGUGUAAAUGAUGCAAGUCUGCACUCUGCUCUUGAGUUUGGCGGCAAGUCUAGUGCAGUAUCUGUUCAAAUAGAGGACAGUACUCAAGGAAGAUCUGACCUAGGUUCUCCUAGACAAUCAUCUUCUGCUAGAAAUGAUGACAUAAAGGUUUCAGAGGAUAAGGCGGAUAAAGAUCUUCAUGAUAAUGGAGAAUACCUAAUUAGACCUUAUUUGGAACCAUUUGAAAAAAUUCGAUUCAGAUAUAAUUGUGAAAGAGUUGUUGGUCUUGAUAAGCAUGAUGGUAUUUUUCUAAUAGGUGAACAUUGCCUGUAUGUGAUUGAAAACUUUUAUAUCGACGAGUCUGGUUCCAUUUGUGAAAAGGAAUGUGAGGAUGAACUCUCUAUUAUAGAUCAGGCUUUAGGUGUUAAGAAGGAUGUUAAUGGAAGCAGUGAUUUCCAGUCCAAGUCCACUUCCUUUUCGGCCACAACUGCUAAGCCAUGGAUCGGGGGAAGAGCCUGGGCCUAUAAUGGUGGUGCGUGGGGGAAAGAGAAAGUGUGUACUGGUGGACAUCUCUCUCACCUAUGGCGUAUGUGGAAGCUUAAUAGUGUUCAUGAGAUUUUGAAGCGUGAUUACCAGUUGCGUCCUGUAGCUGUUGAGAUAUUUAGCAUGGAUGGAUGUAAUGAUCUCCUUGUGUUUCACAAAAAAGAGAGGGAAGAAGUUUUCAAAAAUCUGGUUGCCAUGAAUCUUCCUCGGAAUAGCAUGUUGGACACCACUAUUUCAGGAUCAACAAAACAGGAAAGUAAUGAGGGCAGUCGUUUAUUUAAGAUAAUGGCUAAAUCUUUUUCAAAAAGGUGGCAAAAUGGAGAAAUUAGCAAUUUCCAGUAUCUCAUGCAUCUCAAUACUUGGGCGGGACGUGGAUAUAGUGAUCUUACCCAGUAUCCAGUUUUUCCAUGGGUUCUUGCAGAUUAUGAGAGUGAAAAUCUGGAUUUGACUGAUCCAAAAACAUUUCGUAAGCUUAACAAACCUAUGGGCUGUCAAACACCUGAGGGGGAAGAUGAAUUUAAGAAAAGAUAUGAGAGCUGGGAUGACCCUGAGGUCCCAAAAUUUCAUUAUGGUUCCCAUUAUUCCAGUGCUGGAAUUGUCCUGUUCUAUCUUCUACGCCUACCGCCUUUUAGUGCGGAGAAUCAGAAGCUACAAGGAGGACAGUUUGACCAUGCUGAUCGUCUUUUUAAUAGUGUUAGAGACACCUGGUUAAGUGCAGCUGGCAAGGGUAAUACAUCAGAUGUGAAGGAAUUAAUUCCAGAAUUUUUCUAUAUGCCAGAGUUCCUUGAAAAUCGUUUUAAUCUUGAUUUUGGAGAGAAACAAUCAGGAGAAAAGGUUGGUGAUGUUGUCUUACCUCCAUGGGCAAAAGGCAGUGUUAGAGAGUUCAUCAGGAAGCAUAGGGAGGCACUGGAAUCUGAUUUUGUUUCAGAAAACUUGCAUCAUUGGAUAGAUCUCAUAUUUGGAUAUAAGCAGAGAGGGAAGGCGGCAGAGGAAGCUGUGAAUGUUUUUUACCAUUAUACAUAUGAAGGGAGUGUGGACAUAGACUCAGUUACAGAUCCUGCAAUGAAAGCCUCUAUUCUAGCACAAAUAAAUCAUUUUGGACAGACGCCUAAGCAAUUGUUUCUCAAAGCUCAUGUAAAAAGGCGAGUGGACAAGAAAUUUCCUCCUCAUCCACUCAAGUACUCUAGCCAAAUUGUUCCACAUGAGAUACGUAGAAGUUCAUCUUCCAUUAGUCAGAUUGUUACUAUCAAUGAGAAAGUUCUUGUGGCAGGAAUGAAUAGUUUUCUCAAACCAAGGACAUAUACAAAAUAUGUUGUAUGGGGUUUUCCAGAUCGUAGUUUGAGAUUUAUGAGCUAUGAUCAAGACCGACUCCUUUCAACACAUGAAAAUCUUCAUGGGGGCAACCAGAUUCAGUGUGCUGGUGUGAGUCAUGAUGGUAGGAUUCUGGUCACUGGAGCUGAUGAUGGUUUAGUUUCUGUUUGGAUAAUCAGCAAGUAUGGUCCUCGUGCUGUAAGGCGAUUGCAUUUGGAGAAGGCUCUUAGUGCACACACAUCCAAAAUCACGUGUCUUCAUGUCAGCCAGCCUUACAUGAUGAUUGUGAGUGGAUCAGAUGACUGUACCGUUAUUAUAUGGGAUCUCAGCUCCUUGGCUUUUGUUAGGCAGCUGCCCGAGUUCCCAUCUCCAGUUUCUGCAAUUUAUGUGAAUGACUUGACUGGGGAGAUUGUAACUGCUGCUGGAACUCUACUUGCUAUUUGGAGCAUCAAUGGAGACUGCCUUGCAGCUGUUAAUACGUCCCAGCUCCCAUCAGAUUCAAUUCUCUCAGUGACUAGCAGUUCAUUUUCUGAUUGGUUGGAUACAAACUGGUAUGUGACAGGUCACCAGAGUGGUGCAGUUAAGGUGUGGCAAAUGGUUCACUGCUCCAUCAAUGAGCAUUCCCCUAGCAAAUCAACAAGCGGUGGAACUGGGGGCUUAAGUCUUGGCGGAAAGGCGUCAGAGUACAGGUUGGUCCUCCACAAGGUGCUGAAGUCUCACAAACACCCUGUUACUGCUCUUCACCUCCCAAAUGACCUAAAACAGUUGCUGAGUGGGGAUGCUGGUGGGCAUUUGCUGUCAUGGACACUGCCAGAUGAGAGUUUGAGAUCUUCAUUUAACCGUGGGUGAGGACGAGAAGCUCUAUUGAGUGACAACAAGUUAAUCAUUUGGAGAGCCGGCCAUAAAAUCUUGAUUAAAACCACCAGGUUCUUUGAGUCCAUGGAUACAGGAGUUGCUAGAUUCAUAAAGACAUGGAAAAGGAAAAACAGGGCAACAGGGCUUUCCUUGGAUUUAAAACAUGACAAGAAGAUUCGGUUGUUUCUUAUAUAUGUGAGGCCUGCCACAAAUAUAACCCUGUGGAUCAAGCUUCUGAAUGAGAAGGUGCAAUAGUAGGCUGUGCUUUUAUCUUUUGCAUUGAUACGAAGAUGUCAGUCGUUUUUGUGCAAGACAUCAAGCCUACAGGUUUUUUUUUGGGGUAGAUGUAAAUAGGUGGGUAUUGGUAAUCGUGUAUGUAUAGCAGAAAGUGUGGAACAUGGGUUGAUGGGCUGAAAAUUGUUGUGGAACAGUACAUUGGUAGUGUUUUGUUUUUUUUGGUUGAAAUUCUUUUUGCAUAGAUCAAACUGGGCCGAUAUUGCCCAUUUCUUGUUGUGAAAUGUAUACAUGUCUGUUUAUGAGGGUAUCAGGGAGUCCCUGGUUUUUCUUACAGAAGUCUCCUCUGAUUCUUUUCCAGCCUUAAUUAAUAUACGUACUACGUAGGACUGAAAUCUCGACUCUUCAGAAUUUGCGAAAUAGAUGUGUAUUUUCUUU